UGCUGCCCGGCCGGUCGGUGCCGGGGUGGGUCCCGGGGGUGCCCCCCGGCAGAGAUGGGCUGUGCCCCGGCCCGGUACCUGGUGUUCUUUCAGUACUUUGGCACCAGGUACAGUGGGGUUAUGGAGACUAAGAGGGAUCAGGCACUGAUUGGAGUCCAGAAUUAUUUGGAGAAGGCAGCAGAGAGCCUCAAGGCCAGCGCUCCCAUCAAGUUCCGCAUCUCCAGCCGCACGGACACGGGGGUGCACGCGCUCUGCAACGCCGCCCACCUGGACAUCCAGAGGGGCCCAGGGAAGCCCCAUUUCAGUGAGGAACAGCUCCUCUCCAGCCUCAACAAGCACCUCAGGCCCGAGCCCAUCCGCAUCCUGAGUGCCCACCGAGUGCCCAGCAGCUUCCACGCCCGGUUCUCUGCCCUGUCCAGGACCUACAUUUACAGGCUGUUGCUGGGCUGUGCCCACCAUUCCCAGGUGCCCGUGUUUGAGCGGGAUCUGUGCUGGGCUCCUGCCGGAGGGCCCCUGAACGUCCCUGCCAUGCAGGAGGCAGCACAAUUCCUGCUGGGAACCCACGACUUCAGCACCUUCCGCUCCCUCAACUCCGACACGGAAUUCACGUCUCCGGUCAGGACCAUCUUCCAGCUGGACAUCCAGCCUUCAGCUGGCUUCCUAUCCCACCACUACGAGCACAGGGCUCUGGAGUUCUGGGAGGUGAAGAUCAAGGGCAGGUCGUUCCUUUACCGACAGGUCAGGAGGAUGGUGGGGGCUCUGGUUGCAGUUGGCAUGGGGAGGUUGGCACCUCAUCACGUGAAGGAGCUGCUGGAGGUCAAAGAUGCCCUGGCUUUUCCUCCCAAUAUCAUGGCCCCGCCCUCGGGGCUCUUCCUGAAAUCCGUGGAAUACAACGAGGCAGAUUUGGAUGUGACAGUGGCCCCAGGAGGAUGAAUAGAGCCCUGUGGGAUGAGCUGUGUGUGAAAGGACUGCUGUGGCUGUGGGAUGGAGCCUGGCCAGGGGACACAGCCUUGUCUCAAUAAAAACCAUUGACUGUG